AUGCAGAAACGACUAUUUUCAUGUCUGAGGACAUUGCAGCAUGAGAACCCGUUGGGAUUGCCGAGAUCUGGCACGCCGCCGAAUCUGAGAGCUCGCAUGCAAAGAGGUCUACCUGAGAAGCGACCGAUCAAAGAUGUCAAGAAAGUCAUUGCAGUAUCUUCAGCAAAGGGUGGCGUGGGAAAAUCAACGAUAUCCGUCAACCUUGCUCUUGCAUUCGCAAGAAGUGGAUUGAGAAGCGGCGUCCUCGAUACUGACAUUUUUGGACCUUCCAUACCUACGUUGCUUGACCUCGAAGGAAACGAGCCACGACUGUCAGCAAAUAACCAGUUGGUUCCGCUCACAAACUAUGGACUGAAAUCUAUGUCCAUGGGAUAUCUUGUGCCGGAAACAUCACCAAUCACAUGGAGAGGUCUUAUGGUCAUGAAGGCACUUCAACAACUCCUGCAUGAGGUUGAAUGGGGUGGCCUCGAUGUCCUCGUUCUUGAUCUACCACCAGGUACCGGUGACGUACAAUUGACUAUAACGCAACAAGUUGAGCUUGAUGGAGCUGUGAUCGUAUCAACACCACAGGAUGUUGCACUCAAGGAUGCAGUACGCGGUGUUGAGAUGUUCAGAAAGGUCAAAGUGCCGAUUCUUGGCAUGGUACAGAACAUGUCUGCGUUCACUUGUCCUAAUUGUUCUACGACACAUUCUAUCUUUGGCCGUGAAGGCGUUGUCAAGAAGUGUGAUGAGAUGAACAUCAAGCUACUUGCCGAUAUACCUCUCCAUCCAAGUAUCUGCGAAGACGCAGAUCGUGGAAAGCCAACAGUGGUUGCUGAGCCAGAUAGCUUACGUGCGCAGGUGUUCAAGGAUUUGGCAGCGGAUCUCAGGAAGCAGCUGCAAUUCUGA